CGCCGACCCCUCUCCCGUUAGGGGCUCGCUGGGCUGAGCCGGGCCCUGCCCCCGGGAGCUGGAGCGCGGCCGGGAGCUCCACCCGGGGCGGUUAUCGGGCGCCGGUCACGCGGCUGGGCAGGACCCUGGGCGAGGGGCCGGGCCCCGGGGGGGGCGUUGCCAGGGGCUGCAGCUCGCGGACCGUCCGUGCACGGGGCCCGGAGCUGUGCAGCCCUCGGGACGGGGCCUCCCCCUGCAGCCCACGGCGCGGGCACAGCGCCCACGCGGAGCCCUCCGGGAGCAGGGGCAUCGCUCUGCCCAUCGCGGCCCCCAUGCUGCCCCCUGGUGCUCUGGCUCGCCGGCGCUUCGGGCCGGGGGUUAGCUAUUUACUGCUUCUGCAGAGCGAACUGCUGGACGCUGCUGGUGAUUGGUGAACACGGGAAGACUUGACUGGCAUAGAGUCUAUGGACCAGUGUCGUGACACCCUGGAGCAACACAACUGGAACAUAGAGGCAGCUGUACAGGACCGGUUGAAUGAGCAAGAGGGUGUCCCAAGUGUCUUCAAUCCACCUCCAUCCCGGCCGCUGCAGGUCAAUACAGCCGACCACAGGAUCUACAGCUAUGUUGUUUCAAGGCCACAACCAAGGGGCCUGUUGGGAUGGGGUUACUACUUGAUAAUGCUUCCAUUCCGAUUUACCUAUUACACAUUACUUGAUAUAUUUAGGUUUGCCGUGCGUUUUAUACGCCCUGACCCUCGCAGUAGGGUCACGGACCCAGUGGGUGACAUUGUUUCGUUUAUUCAUAUGUUUGAGGAAAAAUAUGGGAGGAUACACCCUGUCUUCUACCAGGGAACAUACAGCCAGGCGCUGAAUGACGCUAAGCGGGAGCUGCGCUUCCUGUUGGUUUAUCUUCACGGUGACGACCACCAAGAUUCAGACGAAUUCUGUCGCAACACUCUGUGUGCCCCGGAGGUGAUCACCCUCAUCAACACUAGGAUGCUUUUCUGGGCAUGCUCCACAAACAAACCAGAGGGAUACAGAGUGUCCCAGGCUCUGCGUGAGAACACAUACCCAUUCCUCGCCAUGAUUAUGUUGAAAGAUCGCAGAAUGACGGUGGUGGGACGACUAGAAGGCCUCAUCCAGCCUGAUGACCUCAUUAACCAGCUGACAUUCAUCAUGGAUGCCAAUCAGACGUACUUGGUGUCUGAGCGCCUGGAAAGGGAGGAGAGAAACCAAACACAGGUCCUGCGGCAGCAGCAGGAUGAGGCCUACCUGGCUUCCCUGCGGGCGGAUCAGGAAAAGGAGCGCAAGAAAAAGGAGGAACGGGAGAGGAAGAAGAGGAAGGAAGAAGAGGUGCACCAGCAGAAGCUAGCGGAGGAGAGGCGGCGCCAGACUCUGCAGGAGGAGAAGGUGCGCAAAUCGGAAUGCCUUCCACCAGAGCCGCACCCUGAUGACCCAGAGAGUGUGAAGAUCAUUUUCAAGCUGCCCAACGAUUCCAGAGUGGAGAGGCGAUUCCAUUUCUCACAGUCAUUAACGGUGAUCCAUGACUUCCUGUUCUCCUUGAAAGAGAGCCCAGAGAAGUUCCAGAUUGAGGCCAACUUCCCUCGCCGUGUCCUGCCCUGCCUCCCUACAGAGGAGUGGCCCAACCCCCCCACGCUGCAGGAGGCUGGACUCAGCCACACGGAAGUUCUCUUUGUUCAGGACCUCACGGACGAUUGACACUUUUCCAAAACACGAUGGAAGGAAAAAUUCAGAUUAUAAUACAAUAUUUUUUUUAAAGACUGCUGCGUACAAAUGAGGGAUCAGAGACCACGUCACCCGUGCCAGCCAUGCUGUGUGUCUGCGCUGGCGCGAGAAAGCUCACCUACUCCCACGCACAGUCAUCCCCUUACACUUGAGGGCAGAGAGGGAGGGGGGCCACCAUUGCCCUCCCCAGGGAAGGGCAGAAAAGGCAGCUCUCGGUCAAUAUUACUUUUACUAGACCCCCAAGGCCUGCCGUCCUGUGAAGAUUUGAUACUUUGCUGCUCCUGGUGGCCAAAGGACACUGCACCUGUGCUGGGGAGGGGAGGGAUGGACAGAAUUUCUUCAGCUUCCCACUGUGUAUAAAAACCUUCCUUUUACUAGUUCUCUUGCUUUGUAAUGACCAAAGGAGACUGGAGUUGACAAUGGUAUUAAUUUUUUGAUAAAGAGCUGGUUGAAGUUCUUAACGCCAUGGGAUCUUGCCCAGGGUUCUUAGCCUGCGUAGUGUAAUAAACUCUGCCUCUAGCGUGCCUGUG